UCGUCCUCGACAACUUCUUACCCUUGUUCCUGUCUGUCUUGAUUGGUUGAUACGGAGCGAACAAAGCGCCGGCUAUACCCGGUAGCUUUGAACGUUCCUCUCGGCAUCGCGGCUAGCUAUGAGAUAUAAAGGGAACAUUUUUUUGAUUUGAUUCAGCGUAGGAUUGCCUUCCUAAACAGUCAUCUAGCCUUUUUUCUACUCUGCAUUUACUAUCGAAAUGACGCCGCCACGAAUGGCACCCGGUCAACGAGGAGGGUCUCCCUACCCUGCUACCCAGCAGCGUGGAGGAACUCCUCGAGGGCGAGGUGGCGCACGAGGUGGAGGAGCCGCUGGGCGACAAGGCGGGCCCAGCGUCUCUGUUGCAUCUGUUGUAGAGGCCAUCGGUGUUCGUCGUCCAGGAUUCGGUACUGCGGGUAGGGCAACUACAGUUCGCGUAAAUGCAUGCGAAAUGAAUGUCCCUGACAUCACCGUUUACCACUAUGACGCGAUUGACAAGACACUCCGGGCGGCUUUUAACAUGCAGUUAAUCGAGGCUCUGCAAGCCCAGUACCCCGAUGUCUUUAUCAAAGCAGCUGUGUAUGAUGGGAAGAAGAAUUUGUAUACGAGCCAUUGGUUGGAUUUUGGUACUGGGAAUUCUCGCCAGUUUAACGUGACUAUGACGGAAGGGGCUCGCGUGUCCAAUUUCAAGAUCACCGUCACGGAGGCGAGAGAGAUUAACAUGGAAGUGCUUAGCAGGUACACGGCUGGUCAGCAGUCGUGGGACGAAAAUAUCUCUACUGCUCUUACAGCCUUGAACAUUGUGAUUCGGAUGGCGCCCUCUCUAACCUAUCCAUUCCGAGUGCGCUCGUUCUAUAGUGACAAGAUCACGGCGCCGCUAGCCAAUACAGGGUUAGAAGCCUGGCAAGGGUACUUUCAGUCGGUUAGGCCCGCUUUGAAUCGUCUGAUCGUCAACGUCGAUAUUUCCACUGGCGUGAUGUUCAAACCUGGUUCGCUAGUGGAAACAUGUCUUGAAUUCUUCACCGGGAAUCGCAAAAGCAAUCCAGACAGGUAUUUACGAACAUCUGGACCUCAGGCAUUACCUCCGACGCAGAGACAUCGUCUGCACACAUUUCUUUUUGGCCUCAAGGUCGAGGCAGAAUCCGCCGCAGGUGUCAGGAAAAAAUAUUCCAUCCACAAACUGUCUGAGCGAGACGCUAUUUCGACUGUUUUCACUCCGGCUGGUGGCGCACAGACCAACGUGGCGCAAUACUACGCUCAGGCCAAUCGGCCUCUACGGUAUGCUAAUAUUAUUUGCAUCCAGACCGCGAAAGGUGCCGUGAUACCUCUAGAGCGAUGUUACAUUUUACCCGGUCAGAUUUCUCGUGCUGAACUAUCUCCGGAUGCUACACGAGCCAUGGUUGAGUUUGCGACCAAGAAACCCGAUGACCGAUUGAGGGCAAUCCAGACUGGGAUUCAGGUUCUUGCGUAUGGACAAUCCCGAUACGUCCGCGACUUUGGACUAGACAUCAAGAGUGCUUCCUUACCUAUGGAUAUUCCAGCACGGAUUCUCAACGUGCCGGAGCUCAAAUACGGACAAGGAUCUAAGCAACAGUUGGUUCGACCAAAGGAUGGAUCUUGGAACCUGGUGGACAAAAAAUUUUUCAGGCCGAUGCCUUUCGGGUCUUGGAUGGUCGUGAUAUUCGUUCCACAGAAUCGCUUCAGUCCAGACGAUGCGAAAAGAACAAUAACCGAGCUUGUUCGUAAAUGCGAAGCUGUUGGCAUGCUGGUGCAAGAUAAACAACCACUCUUUGUCUACAAGAACCCCCAGAGUAACAUUGAUAUGUCUAUCCUGGACGCGGUUACGCAAUGUCGAAAUGAGCGCAAAACGACACCAACCUUUAUUGUGUGUAUCCUCCCUGAUGGGAGUAUCACGGACUUGUACACGGCAGUUAAACACUGUGGUGAUGUUAGGAGGGGUGUCGCGAACCAAUGCCUUCGGGUUGGUAAAUGUCAAAACGCUAGAGAUCAGUAUUGGUCAAACGUUGCACUGAAGAUUAAUGCGAAGCUGGGUGGUGUCAAUGUCAUCCCGGCGGCAGCUACACUUUCCGAUCCCCGACAGCCAACGAUUGUCAUGGGUGCGGAUGUCAUGCAUCCUGCUCCGGGCAGUCAAACGCCGUCGUAUGCCGCGGUAGUGGCAAGCAUAGAUUCUAACGGUGCGCGAUACAUAGCCAAGACCACGCUUCAGCUAGGCAGGCAGGAGAUGAUUGGUGAUUUGCGCACGAUGGCGAAGGAUCUGCUCUUAGCCUAUAUGAGUUAUAGAACUAGCAUGGAGAAGGUCUCAACACUGCCAAAGCGACUUAUAUUCUUCCGGGACGGUGUAUCCGAAGGUGAAUUCAAGCGCGUUCUGGACUUGGAGCUUCCUCUGCUUCAAGGUACCGACUUUAUCACCUUCAUUGUGCCCAUUCUGACUAUUCUAGCUGCGUGCGUCGAGGCGAAAAUGAAUCCUCCUCCGAAAAUCACGUUCAUCAUCGUCGGGAAGCGUCACCAUAUGAGGUUCUUCCCGAAGAACCCUAAUGACAGAGACAAAAGUGGGAACCUCCCUCCGGGUACUGUUAUCGAUCAAGAAAUCACGAACCCCGUCGAGUUUGAUUUCUACUUGCAAAGCCAUGGGGGACUCCUUGGAACUAGCAAGAGUUCUCAUUACAACGUGGUUUAUGAUGAAUUUGGGUUUACCCCGGAUGCGCUUCAAUUGCUCGCAUAUACUCUCUGUUUCACCUAUGCCAGAUCAACGCGCUCUGUGUCUAUUCCCACGCCUGUGUAUUAUGCGCAUAUUGUUUGUAGCCGUGCCAAGACGCACUACGACCCUCAAGCUGCACCAUCGUCGGUCGUGACUGGGGGUUCGCAGACGCGAGAGGAGACGCUUGAUAAACAUCGCGGACAGUAUCAACCAGUGCAUGAUAUUCAGUCGAAGCGGAUGUAUUUCAUGGUGAGUGAUGUAAUUUGAAAUUGGGUAUUAGAGAAGCUGAAGAUGUUUUUUUUGUAGUAAUUACUCUCUCCAUCGCCAU